AUGGCGGUGGAGGGGGCAGAGGAUGAACUGAACACAGAUGAACUGACCAGCAGAAGGGAUGACACCUCACUGCAAGGCACAGUGACUACCAUCACAGCCGCAAAAGAAGCAGGAGAAGAAGAAGAUGUGACAAUGAGAGCAGUGCUCCUGCAGCUCAUUGACAUCAUCAUCUUCACCUUCAACCUGACUUUCUUGACAGUCAUGAAGGCUGCUGCCGCACCAUGA